AUGGUGCGACGGCCGUUCCACGUGCCGCUUUCUCUUCUCAGCCUACACACGCAGAAACCACGCGAUGGGAAACACGUGGUAUGGGGUGGAAAGCACGGCUUGGCCUUUCGAUUGUCGUGGGCUUGUUCAGAGCUGGGCGAGUUCAUGCACCCUUGCGAGGACGAGAUGGUGUACAAGCUGACGAACAGCAUGGUGCCGUACUUCAACGCCGGGGCGUACCUCGACAACAAGACCAAGGUGGGCAAGGUGGACGAGAUCCUCGGACCCGUCAACGGGGUCAUGUUCACCGUAAAGCCCGACACGGGCGUGAACGCCUCCUCCUUCAAGAACAACGACAAGAUC